AUGACCAUAGCUGAUUUCAACGAGAGACAUGGCGGUGACACAGAUAACCAUAUCUCGGUCCUUGCCUUAUAUGCCGGUUUAAUCCUCACUAUAACCCUUAGCGCACUUUUCAUCCUCAAGAACUACGUUCUCGAACCCCUCCUCCCCCGCCUUUACAAACAUCACCAUGCUCGCCUCUCCGACGUUACGAAACGUUCAUUUCUGAACCAACAUGUUGCCGUCGGGAUGCGUUUAGUAAUUCUCUCAUUAGGCGGAUAUCCAUUUUUCGCCAUUGUAUUCGGAUCAUCACUCCUAUCGACUCCCGUUACUAGGAACGGAACAGUGAAGAUGGGGGACCUGUUGGUCGUAUCGUCUCAGUUAUUAGUCGGGAUUUAUAUCUUUGAGCUUAUUUAUCGGGUUAAAAUAUCUGUUGUUAGCGCCUUACAUCAUUUGGGGACUAUCUUGGUGGCUCAGUGCUCUGUGGCGAUUAGUGUUUAUGGGCAUAAAGAUGCUAGGAAUGAAUUUAUUUUGUGCUGCGUUUGGGGCGCUUUCGACGUGAUCGUUGAGUUUCUCCCCUCUCUAGCUAUAAUUCGGUACCGAACGGCUCUAGAAUCCCACUCUCACCUUUACUAUCUCUUUAAAUUUACAAUGAUCUGGACUUUCAUCGGCACCGUACUUGAGAGCGUUAUCGCGAUGUACCUCUUUGGAAUUCUUUGGGAUCAGUGGGAGUUGAGCUUUAAGCUCGCUACGCCGAUUUUGCAUGUUGCAUUUUCGGCCGCACAAUUACAUGGGUCGAAUAUUUUUAGGAAGAUGAUGCUUAGAGAGAAAAAGAGGAUGAGAGAAGAGGGGCAAGGAGCCUGUGGGGGGACAUUGGAAAAGAACGAGAGCUUGGAGAACAAGGAUGGAGCACACGGGUCUUUAGCUCCCUCUGUAGCUGGUUCUGUUGUUUAA